AGGUAGCUGAUCUUAAUCUGUUUGUGCGUGCAACUCUUAUUAAUUGUUUAAAGGUGUGUUUUCUCUCUUUGGCCAGCAUCCUCUCCAGAUCGAUUGUUGUUGCUAGGAGACAGAAGCAUCCUGAGGCGAGGCAGCAUCCCAAACGUCAGACGUGUGUGUUUUCUACUACAGCAACGGCACUAUUUCUCUCACUCUCCCUCCCUCUCGCUCGCUCAUUCUCUGAUGAGUGAGGGCAGUGUUGUCAGCCUCUCUGCCGCGCUCCCCGUGUGCGGACCCACACAAACGGAGUUAAGGAACAGUUUGAAAUACGGCAAAGAAGAGGAAAAAUGCAAGACUGCAGACAAAAGGAAUGUUUAACAGAGUUCAAAGGCUAAAGCCAGUGCUUUGGAUCUCCAUGAGUAACCAGACAGAGCUCCCUGCUUCCCCUUCAUGCCUCUCUCAGUUCCUUGACGCCCACCUUUCACCCUCUCUUUCCCCACCUGACCAUUACACCUCCUCAAUCUUCUUCCCUUAAAUGAUGUGGUCUGCGAUCCGUGCCCUGCUCCCGGUGCUUCUGGGUACCGGGGUCCUGCUCUCCAGUGGAGACUCUCCCCGCAAAGAAAUUAAGAUCGACGGGGACCUGGUUCUUGGUGGCCUCUUCCCCAUCCAUGAGAAGGGCAUGGGCAUGGACGAAUGUGGCCGGAUCAAUGAAGAUCGAGGCAUCCAGCGGCUUGAGGCAAUGCUCUUCGCCAUAGAUCAGAUCAACCAGGAUGUAGGUCUGCUACCAGGUGUGGCUUUGGGUGUCCACAUCCUGGACACCUGCUCAAGGGACACCUAUGCUCUGGAACAGGCGCUGGAGUUUGUUAGGGCUUCGCUUACUAAAGUGGAUGAUACGGAGUUCAUCUGUCCUGAUGGAUCAUACGCUCUUCAGGAAGACAGUCCGCUGGCCAUUGCCGGUGUCAUUGGGGGAUCUUUUAGCAGUGUCUCCAUACAGGUUGCCAACCUGCUGCGGCUAUUUCAGAUACCUCAGAUCAGCUACGCCAGUACCAGUGCCAAACUCAGCGACAAAUCUCGCUACGACUACUUUGCACGCACCGUCCCGCCAGACUUUUACCAGGCCAAGGCCAUGGCAGAGAUCCUGCGUGCCUUCAACUGGACCUACGUUUCCACCGUUGCCUCAGAGGGUGACUACGGAGAAACAGGAAUUGAAGCCUUCGAGCAACAAGCCCGUUUAAGAAACAUCUGUAUCGCUACUUCGGAAAAAGUGGGGCGUUCGAGUGCGAAACGCUCUUCGUAUGAGGCGGUGGUUCGUCAGCUUCUACAGAAGCCCACAGCCCGAGUGGCAGUGCUGUUUUUGCGUAGCGACGAUGCACGAGAACUCAUCGCUGCUGCCGCCCGCCUCAAUGCAUCUUUCCUCUGGGUGGCGAGUGACGGAUGGGGGGCGCAAGAGAGCAUCGUCAAAGGGAACGAAUUCACGGCGGAUGGUGCGAUCACGUUGGAGCUUGCGGCUCAGCCUAUACCAGAGUUCAACCGGUAUUUCCAGAGCCUCACGCCCCUUAAUAAUCACCGCAACCCUUGGUUCAAAGACUUCUGGGAGCAAAAGUUUCAGUGUUCAUUGGGCGGUGCUUCGGCAGCAGGGGCGGGAACCCCAAAGCCACCUUGUGACCCAGAACUGACAGUCGACAAGUCAAAUUUUGAGCCAGAAUCAAAGAUCAUGUUUGUCGUAAAUGCCGUAUACGCCAUGGCACACGCCUUGCAUCGAAUGCAACGGACUCUUUGUGCGAACACCACACGCUUGUGCGACGCCAUGAGGAGUCUUGACGGCAGAAAACUCUACCGGGACUUCCUACUCCACGUCAACUUUAGAGCUCCGUUCUCCCCUGCCGGUUUGGAAAAUCAUGUAAAGUUUGACGCUUAUGGUGACGGAAUGGGCCGCUACAACAUCUUCAACUACCAGCUUGUGCCAGGCAGCGACAAGUUCACCUACAUUCAGGUUGGAGAGUGGGCAGAGACUCUUUCCCUAAAUGAGGGCUUGAUCGGCUGGCCGAGGGGAGGGGACGUACCCACGUCUCAGUGCAGUGACCCUUGCGCUCCUAAUGAGAUGAAGAAGAUGCAAGCCGGUGAAUACUGUUGCUGGAUAUGUACUCCCUGCGAGCCCUACGAAUACCUGCCAGAUGAGUUCACAUGCAUGCCCUGUGCGCCUGGCCAAUGGCCCCGUCCUGACCUGACCGGAUGCUACGACCUUCCUGAGGACUACAUCAUGUGGGAGGAUGCUUGGGCCAUUGGACCCAUCACGAUUGCAUGCGCUGGCUUCAUAUGCACCUUAAUGGUCUUCGUUGUUUUCAUUCGGCACAACGACACGCCACUGGUCAAAGCAUCCGGUCGUGAGCUGUGCUACAUCCUGUUGUUGGGUGUCCUCAUGUCCUACAUCAUGACUUUCAUAUACAUUGCAAAACCUUCGCCUAUUGUGUGCACGCUGCGGCGGUUAGGCCUCGGCACCUCGUUCGCAGUGUGCUACUCCGCCUUGCUCACCAAGACCAAUCGCAUUGCUCGCAUCUUCAGUGGCGUGAAAGAGGGCGGAGCUCAGCGGCCACGCUUCAUCAGUCCCAGCUCACAGGUGUUCAUCUGUCUGUCGUUGAUCUCCGUGCAGCUCUUGUUGGUGUCUGUCUGGCUGCUCAUAGAAGUGCCCGGCACACGGCGAUUCACAACGCCGGAGAAACGCCAGACUGUCAUUUUGAAGUGUAAUGUACGGGACUCUAGCAUGCUGCUGUCGCUGAGCUACGAUGUGGUUCUGGUAGUCCUCUGCACGGUCUACGCCUUCAAGACCCGCAAGUGUCCAGAGAACUUCAAUGAGGCCAAGUUCAUCGGCUUCACCAUGUACACCACCUGUAUCAUCUGGCUGGCCUUCCUGCCCAUCUUCUACGUCACCUCCAGUGACUACAGGGUCCAAACCACAACCAUGUGUAUAUCUGUCAGUCUGAGCGGAUUUGUGGUGCUGGGCUGCAUGUUUGCCCCCAAAGUCCACAUCAUCAUGUUCCAGCCUCAGAAGAAUGUCGCCAGUCAUCGGUUAAACAUGAACCGGUUCAGUGUGAGCGGGCCGGCCACUAGCUACGCAUCCCACGCAUCUGUGAGCGCCCACUUCGUCCCGACAGUGUGCAACGGCAGAGAGAUUGUCGACUCCACCACUUCCUCUCUGUGACCCCACCCUCCCUCCAGACCCCUGCCCCUUAGCGACUGUUAGCCAAUCAGCACACAUUGUGCUAUACCCAAGAACUAGGUCUGCCUACAGUGUGUAGAAAGUGUGUAUGAUUAUGAUUAUUAAAUUAUUUUUAGGGCUUGUUGUAAAUAUUAACUGAAGUUGUAAAGAAACAAAAGAACAAAAUAAUCCUUUAUAGAAAGAUUUUGGAAACUUUUGUUUUGAUAGCUUUAUUAUGUAUGUUGUCAACGGCCAUGACGUGAUGAUGUAAAACACAGACCCGUUUUUGACUGGACCACAGUAGAGACUGACAGAAACGGCUCCGCCUGCAAUACUGGACACUGGACUUUGUUGUCGUUUUCUUUUGUAGGCCUCAUUGUAAUAACCUAACUGUAUGUAUUUCUAUGUUGUACAUUUUGUACAGAAUCUUAACCGAUGGUUUUAUUAGCACAAGCCGACAGUAUUAGAGUCUACACUGGUCAUGAGGUCCAGAGCAGAAACCACAGAGUGGUCAAAAUUCACGUCGUCUCAUCACAGGCAGUGGCUUGACGCAAGAGGUUACAACCCUAUUUUAGUACAAUGUCAUGACAUCUGAAAGCAUAUUACAUUAACUGCAUCUCAUAAGCGUUGUAUUCAGAUUGGCUGUGAUGCAUGUUUAUGUUGCAACACAGAUAUGCAGUGCUACGAGACGUUAUAUGUUUACAUUGCCUGUGACGAGAAGCCUUCAGGGACAGAAAGUCUGGAAGAUGAGCAUGUGAGGCACUUUACAAAGUUGACUUACCUAUUUUCAACCAUCAUGGUGCCAUUGCUGGUGCCGUUCCAUACUUCUGGAUGCACGGAUCAAAGAUGAUUUGCCAGAAAAAGACAGGGCCACUCCUGUCCCUUAAACCUGCAUGUGACAAAGCAAGAGGUCAAAUUUUCAGAGCUCAAAUAUUAGGAUAAUGUCCUCACCAAAUAUACUUUUUAAAACAUAAAUCAGAAUUAGAGGUAACUGGAAAAACUUAAGUAAUUGGAAAGUGGAAGUAAUUAGAAAAACAUAAAUUUGCAAAUAUUUAUAUCUUUUGCUCACCAAAGCUACAUGUAUUUAAUCAAGAAUACAUCAAAAACAGAGAUUUUGUGAAACAUUAUUACAAUUUAAAAUAACUGUUUUCUAUAUUAGUCGAUUUUAAAAUGGGAUUUAUUUCUUAAACGGCAAAGCUGGAUUUUCAGCAUCAUUACUCCAGUCUUCAGUGUCACAUGAUCCUUCAGAAAUUCUAAUAUGCUGAUUUUCUGCUUAAUAUUUCUGUCUAUCCCAACUCUGGCACCGAGUUUCCAUUUCAGUGGAAAACUAGUGAUAAUCAGUUAGGUUUCUGAUGUGUGAAAUGCUUUGUGAUGCAGUGAAUGUAAAAUGUAUCCGGUUGCUCAAUAUCGGCUUGUUGUGCCUUAUCAUUUGUCCUGUAGUUUUAAUAUGACAGGUUCCUCAGAGCCUUUGGGCAGGAGGGGGCCAGACCAUUUUUUUAAAGACGUCUUUUUUUACAUUUCAAAAGUUUUAUACAUUUCUAUGUUUUUUUUGUUGGUUCGUUUGGAAGAGAGUGGGACACUGGUUCUUUCGACAAGCUUAAGAUUGAGUUAAAAGUUUGAUUGUUUGCUUGUUUUUAGCUUGCGGUCUCCUCACGGCCUCAAGGGAUUCUGUACAAUAUCACGUUACCUAAUGCAAGUGUCAAAACUGUAUCAUGUCACUGUAGGAUCAUCCACUCUUAGCUCAUCAUGAAGAGACAUAGUAAACAAACAUGUAACAGUAACCUAGAAAUGCUAAAGCUCUCAACAUUCAUAAUUCAUCAGCAUGGCAGCAGAGGAAAUCAUUUGUGUGUCAGUUAACAGUACAGGAGGUGAACAUGCACAGCAGGAACGAUAAAUCAGAUGACAGAAAAACAGAACCAAUGAAUGACAGAUUUAGUCUUCCAGUGGAGAUAUGUAGUGCAACUAUUACACACACACACAUACAAUCAAUUUGUAGCCGAGCCCAUAUAUACUAUAUGCUUGUUCAGUUUUUCCCUUUCCCACCUUUAUUUAGUUAUUACUUCUGGUGAAGAAUAGGAUUACGUAUUUCAACAAGUCCCCAACCCUUAAUAAAUGUUGUUAGGUAACUCAAAUCUACAGCUUGUGCCUGUCAAAUGAUUAAAAGUUCUAAAAAUGAA